UCGUAGUCCUUUACCAACUGUAAAAUGACGUUAUCGUGGUCGUCUCUCUAUUGUCGAAAAUAUUUUUUUUAAUUUAACAAUUGGUGAUGCUGUUAGGACAACAAUGGCGACCAUGGUGGAGGAUGAAAAUUCGGUUGAUAUGAAUGAGGAUAAAAAACUGUCAUUUAAUCAAGUUUCCUACAAUUGGGUAGAUAUUACCCAAGAGUUCUUCGAAGCUAUUACAGAAUUGGAGCUGGGAGAACUUUUACACAAUGAGUUCUUUGGUCUUUUUGAAGCUAUGUCAGCCAUUGAGAUGAUGGAUCCUAAAAUGGAUGCAGGAAUGUUGUGCAAUCGAGGGAAUAGCAAGCCUUGUACUUUCAUACAGGCUAUAGAAACGGGUGCUAUUAAAUUAGAUAAUUUAAUACCUGCAGAAGUUAUUGGAAUUAUAGAUUCUACAUAUUCUUGCAUAGUGUCUUGGUUGGAAGGACAUAGCUUAGCACAAACAGUUUUUACUAAUUUAUAUUUACAUCAGCCUUCAAUGAUUGUGGAUAAACCAUUAAAGACGUUCUGCUAUGCUGUGUAUAAAAUUAUUGAAGUGAUCAAGGACUGCAUUAAUAAAGCCUUAGUUUUUGAGGAAGAAGAUUUUCAAAGUCUUACCUAUGGAUACAGAUUACAACAGGAUAUUACAGAACAAAAAACAAUAUCUAUGUUGCGAGAAGUAGAAGAGGAGUUACAUAGAAAAAGUAGAAUAAAACCAGUUGAUGUUGAAUCGGAAAAGGAGUACAAUGAUGGUUUAGCACUUUAUGCAAGAAUUAGAUUUACAAAGAUGUUUUAUCAAACAUUGUCUCUGAUGGGACGGAAAGAACAGUUACAACAAAAUUUAGUAGAUUGUCAAAGAUUAUUAUCAAAUUGUUCUGAUAUGAUUCAAGUUAUGAUCAAGACAGUGAAUCGCGGGGAAAAGGCUGACGAAGUUUCUGAUCAUCCGAAUAUAAUGGGUUUUGAUGCUAUGGUAAAUCAGAGAUUAUUACCUCCUACUUUUCCACGUUAUACUAAGAUAAAGCCACGGGUUGAGGCUCUAGAAUAUCUAGAUGAAUUGUUAAAUAGAUUUAAAACUGUUACUAAAAUCACUAAUCAUACUGGCUUUCAUGCAGCACUGGACUUUUUUUUAGAAUUUUCACGGCAAAGUCCAUGCAUAUUAUCUCGAUCGAUGUUACAAAUUGUUUAUUUGCCAACAACAAAUCGUGUAUUCGGCGUACACAAUUUUGCUGAUGUUUUAAAAGAUGCUGCACGAAAUUUUAUUGCACCACCAGUACUAAUGCCUAAAAGUACAUUACUUCAAAAUCAUCAGGCCAAGGAAUAUGUUGAUAGUUUUUUCUCACGUUGCGUUACUUUGUUUGGAAGUUUAUUGCAAUUAACUGGACAUAACAGGGCAAGACAGAGAGAUAAGUUAGCGCAUUUAUUAGAAGAUUUUGCGACCUUACAGGAUAAGGCUGAAAGAGUAGAUGGGUACUUACACACUUUAAAGAGUGACAUACCAAGAUCACAUUGGGCUUGCUUUGGCACUUGGAUUUUGUAUCAUAUGUUACGUGUAAUGAUUAUGUAUCUCUUAAGCGGUUUUGAACUCGAAUUGUACUCUGUACAUGAAUAUCAUUAUAUUUUUUGGUACCUGCACGAAUUUUUAUAUGCGUGGUUAGUAUCUGCCAUUACAAGGGCAGAUACCUUUUUAACUGAACAAGAUGUACAUAAUGAUACACACAAAGGUAGGGGUGGUAAAAAGAGUGCCAAAAAUAAAAAGAAGAAAUCAACACCAAGACCCCAUCAUUUGGAAAUUCUGAUGUAUCAGGCAAUGCAAAAUAUUUGUGGCGGGUACUACAAAGCAUUAGUUGGAUUUCGAAUGGAUGGAAAAAUUCCUCUUCCAGAAACGCAAUUUGACUCGGAAAGAGUAAGAUAUGAACAUAGGUUACUGCCAUUCUCUUCUCUUCUUACUCCUCCACCUGUUCAUUAUCAAGAAUUCUCAGAAAUGACCAAUGCUCAAAUGUAUAAGAAGAAUGAAAAAGUCACGAGUGCAACACAAUAUCUGGCAGGUUGUUGGCACUUUCAUAGAGCUAGAAAUAUGUUAGAACGUGCAUUAUCACUUUGUCCGGCAAAUAUUAAUACCGUGAACGAGAUCAAUGAUCUAUUAAAAGUGGCAAAGACUAAUUUUGUGGUUCUAAAAUUAUUGGCUGACGGACAUAAAAAGGAUUCGAAAGAGCCGCCAGUAUUUGAUUUCUCUUGUCAUCAACAUUUUCCUUUGAUUAAGCUUACCUAAAUUAUAUAUCUGUAAUAGUCGCAUUUUACUGUAUAAGUAAAUAUGUUAUUUAUUUUAGUUUACAUUAAAUUUUGAAAAUACUUUAGCGCGUUAUGCUUCGAAAUGUUUAAAAUUUUAUUCGGCAUAAUCGCAAGAAAGAAGUUUUUUUUUUUUUCAAAAAACAAAAAAAAAAAAAAAAAAGAAAAAAACAAAACAAAAAAAGAAAAAAAAAAGAAAAGAAAAGAAAAAAGAAAGCAAAAAACGAAUGUGUUCUAUUUGAAUUAUGUAAUGUCCUACAGUCUAUAUAUAUAUAUACAAUUAUAUACAUUUUCUGACAAACAUUUUUUGUAUAAACUUUUAUGCUAAUAAGAAAUGAUAUUUGUAAAUAAGUUAUGAAAAAUCUCGUAUGUGUUUUAGGGGAGAAUCAAUGUACGUCGCGUGCGAACAAAUGUGUCUAUAUAUUAAAUAAUGUUUGUAAAAGUUACAAGCCAAUGUGAAAUGUAAAUAUAAUAUGUAGAAUCCAUAGUAUAAUGUAGAUAGUGCGAUAAUGUUAUAUACAUAU